GUUGACCUGGACAUAAGGUCUUUUUAGUUAGAUUUUUAGUUCUAUUGCUCUUCUGUUCCUCUCUAUUUUCACGAUGAUUGCCUGCAAUGUUAUAGGACUUUUGAUUCUUCUUACGCACGUAUACGACACCGCUGAGUAUCUUUCAAAACCUCGAAAUGUCUCUUCACCUCAGUACAAGACGAAAGACGAAAGAUCGAAGGAUUACAACAUCCAACUAAAAGGAUCGGAUUGUUCUGAGAUCAGAGUGACUUAUUCAGGUCACAAAAAGAUACACGUCAACGAUGAUUUAACCAUUCUACCAACCAUUAGUAGGACAGACCGGUUUCUCCUUGACAGCAUUCCCAACGUUGGCUGUGACUUCGAGUUGAACUCGAUGUGUUCAUGGCGCAAUGUGCAAAAUCACGAUGACUUUGACUGGGUUCUGUAUCAAUCGUCAACACCCACGGACGACACUGGUCCCGACACGGAUCAUACUCUGAGAAACGAGUCUGGAAAAUACAUUUUCACAGAAUCCAGCGCGCCACGAGCUGUUUUUGAUUUUGCAUGGAUCCAAAGUCCUCAAGUGGAUGCGGUCGGUGCAGUCCACUGUUUCCAGUUUUGGUAUCACAUGUUUGGAACAUCAAUCGGGACAUUACGAGUUUACCAAGGAUUUCCCGACAUCUUGCCAGGACGAUUGGUGUGGUCUCUGUCUGGUGAACAAGGUGCCAAGUGGUUUCAUGGACAGGUGCCUUUGGAGUCGAAUCAGCCUUAUACUGUAUUAUUCGAAGGGGUGAUUGGAAAAGGCUACACUGGAGAUAUCGCUGUGGAUGACGUCAGUUUGUCACUUGGGUACUGCGACCCGCGGCCUGCUGCUGCCUCCAGGAAUGACUUGGAGAACACAACAACUACAACAACUACCAGAACAACCACAACAAUUACACUCCCCACAACGACUACCACUCAAACAACUAAAACGAACGCCACCACCACCACGGCAACCAAAACGCCAGGUCUUACAACAACAGUCAAUCCUGACCAAGGCGGAAAUGCCAAUCCAUCUCAGCACGCCGUGGGACCAUCAGAUUGUUUCUACAACAGUAUGGAGUAUAUGGGAGCUUACCGGCACACCUACACAAAUAAACGCUGUAUCAAAUGGGAGGACAUUGGUCGCCCCUUGGGCACAUUCCCCGAUGUGAAUAUUACAUACGCGGAGAACAAAUGUAGGGACCCGAAUGGAGUGCGUGGUCAUCCUUGGUGCUAUGUUGCUCCAGACAAGUGGGAAUUUUGCCCUGUGCCAUUUUGUCAAGAGUGCUACUAUAGCGACAGAAGCCAUCAGUACAACGGGCACGUGAGCACAGCAGAAGGCGGGGGCCAAUGCGACACGUGGGCAUCGAAGUUGGCGGGAAAUCCGUCUCUAAAGCCCGAAAUGUUCCCGGAUUACAACGUCUCAGCAGCCAAUAAUUACUGCAGGGACCCGUAUAAAACAGGGCGCCCACAGUGUGUAGUUGGAACGCACAGGACGAAUUGUAGUAUACCGAUUUGCACAGGUCCAUGCCAGGACCGCAACACCGACGUCGAUUGUAGCCUUGUCCGCUCUUUCGUCUGCCCCGGUGACUACCUGUCCUUGACCCAAUGUGCUAAGACAUGUGAACACUGCAAUGUCGGAGUAUUACCAAAUGUAGCAAAAGAACCACCUGCAGUUGUUUGCGAAGACAACCCGUUGGCUAGCUGUUCCUUGCUGAGUUCUCUCGUCUGCCAGAAUGAAACUGCCGCCAUUAACCUUUGUCCGAAAACAUGCGACGUUUGCGACAAACUGUACGCCAUAAGCACCACCACAUAUCUCGUUACCAUGACAUCACAACAAACUACAGCUCUAAUGACGUCAAAGACAACAACAACAAAUAUGCCAACAUCAACAACAACUCUUACCACUACACCGACGACGACAACAACAACAACAACAAUACCGAAUACAACAACCACAACCCGUACUACCACGACAUCUACGACAACAACAAUAACCACUCCUCACUGGUUGGAGUGGGGACCAUGGAAUUGCACGUUUCUUGGCAAUAAUUGCUUCCAAACUCGAAACAGGAAUUAUUCCUCCCUCGGUAAUACUGAAAUAUUAGAGUCUUUUAAUCCAUAUAGUUUUCAAUGA